AUUCUGUCACGCUGGUGCAUAUCCCCUCAAGAGGCGCCGAAAAUAAUCCCUGCCCGCUUUCCUCGCUGUCGACUCCACUGCCCCAAGGCCUAGAGUUCCAGUGCCCCCCAUUUUCCCUUGCGCUGGCCGGCCUCUCUCUGACCUCAACUUCCAUUCCAUUUCACAACCUUGCAUCUUCUAUUCCUCUCCCGCGACGUGGAAAAACGACCAUUCAUUCCCUUAACCCCUACAUCCAACGGAAUCAAUUCGCCUUGCCGUCUAUCGAUAUCUACCAACGGUUUCUUUCUCGCCUGCGAAUUAUCGAUCUGCGCGCGCCAGGGCCCUGCACGGGAACCGAGAUUCAACUUAUUUCAAGCGACGCGAAAAACCACAACGGUCUUUCCCUUUUUCCCUCUUCUUCUGCAAACUACGGCGUAGCUACGACUUGAAUCACAUUUGUCAGAAUGCCUGCUCUUUGUGGAGGAUCUAAAACUGUGCAGCGAAAGCUGGUGUUGCUGGGUGAUGGUGCUUGUGGAAAAACAUCGCUGUUGAACGUCUUUACGAGAGGCUACUUUCCUACUGUCUACGAACCCACCGUCUUUGAGAACUACGUCCACGACAUCUUUGUCGACAAUGUGCACAUCGAGCUAUCCCUCUGGGACACAGCAGGCCAGGAAGAAUUCGACCGACUACGCUCCCUAUCCUACGACGACACAGAUCUCAUCAUGCUCUGCUACUCCGUCGACAGCAAAGACUCGCUCGAAAACGUCGAAUCCAAGUGGGUAGGCGAGAUCGCCGACAACUGCCCCGGCACCAAACUCGUCCUCGUAGCACUCAAGUGCGAUCUCCGCGAGCAGGGCGAGGAGGAGGAGAACGAAUCGGGCGAACCUCGCGAGAAGCGCCCCACGAUCAACUACGACCAGGGCCUCGAGGUGGCGCGCCGCAUAAACGCCCUCCGGUACCUCGAGUGCUCCGCCAUGAAGAACAGAGGCGUCAACGAGGCCUUCACCGAAGCGGCGCGCGUUGCGCUCAGCGUCAAGAAGGAUCGUGAGGAGGGCGGAUGCACGGUUAUGUGAACAUGAUACGAUACGAGCGUUUAUUAAUAUCCAAUACGAGAGUCAUUCCCCAUCGAAUGUGAUCGAAUGAACGCAGGGAUGUGGACUCUAUUUGGCUCCCAUGGUUUAUUUAUUUUUGGCCCGCUAUGGGUUAUUUCAGUGUACAUAUCGUGCGGCAUAAGCACAUAGGGAAACAUGGUGUUCUGCGUUGUUUUUCUCUGCUAUUUAUUACUUGCAGGCUAUUUUUCGCUCAGGAAUGCGAGGUAAAUUAGCGGGAGGAGUAGACUGACUACUCAUGUUAAGGAAGCCAUUUUCGUCACGCUCUAGCUACAACUACUUUAUUUUAUUUAUGUCUACCGAUUACCUACACCUGACGACGAUUGUCUCGUCUCUUCAAUUGUUCAUUUAGCGCGUG